ACAGCAGGCAAUCGCACAGUACUGUGUGCUAACGCAAGGAACUGCUCAGAUCUCAUAGUUGUUAUGUUCGACGAAAGCCUCAACAAGACAACCAAGUCCAAACAGUUGGACCUGCAUGUCAGGUAUUGGAUUGGCGACCAAGUCGCAUCCAGAUGGGGUCGCAGUUUAUGGGUCAUGCGAAGGCAGUGGACCUGCUUAACAUUUCAAAAUAUCCGAUAGACGGUCACUUCGCUCACGCGUUUACAAGAAGGAAGGAUGGCUCUAGACAGCAAGCGGAAGGAGCUGCUGUUGGGAACGCUGAAGGAGCUUGGGGAGGACGAGUUCGAGGAAUUCAAGUUCUUUUCGGACCUGCUUCAAAGCGUACAAGAAAACCCCAGCCGGGUGAUCAUUGCUAACGCACUGGUGAAGAAGCAUGGCGUGAAUACUCUGGAGGAGACCAUCAAGAUUCUGGAAAAGAUUGGCAACAAGAACUUGGCCGAGAUGCUGCGUGGCAAUGUGCUGGAAAUAAAAGGCGCCGUCUUCUCCGUCCAUGAUGAUGAUCAGAUUGCCAGAUUGAAGGCGGACCUGCAAGACAACCUGCGGGAUUUAUACAGCUUUGUUCCCGAAGGCAACAUCGAGCGCUGGCAGCAGCAGCCUCUGGACGACGUCUACACGGAGCUGGACGUCACCUACGGGGCCGACGUCAGGCCCGACGAGCGACACGAGGUCCUUCAGAUGGAGACGCGUGCCGCCGCGGCCAAGAAGUCUAUCCUGCCGUGCGACAUCUUCAAAAGCCAUGACGAGCAGCCGCGACGGAUACGCACGCUGCUCACUGUCGGCUUCGCGGGAAUAGGGAAAACCUUCCUGGUUCAAAAGUUUGUGUGUGACUGGGCCAGCGGAAAUACCAACCAGGACGUGCACUUCAUAUUUCCCUUCACAUUCCGUGAGUUGAACACCGACAAAGGGAAAAGUUUUACGCUUGCUGAGCUUAUCCGUCGCUACGUCUGCGAUAGCAGACACAUAAGCGAGGAGACUCUGAACAUUAUAUUAGACGACCUGCAGAAGUCCGGGAAACAGUACUAUGAACGCAGCAGGAUCAAGAUCUUGUUUGUCUUGGACGGACUGGACGAGUGCAACUUUAAAAUGGACUUGAAGAAUCAGAUGAAAGUAGACAUGGAUGUGAAAAAACCCUACCCGCUGGAGGUGCUCCUGGCGCACCUCAUCAAGAGGAACCUGCUUCCUUGCUCCCGGGUUUGGAUCACCACGCGGCCCGCGACGGCCCGUGAUAUCCCCUCCGAGCUCAUUGACAGCAGAACAGAGGUGAGAGGAUUCAGUGAUUCCAUGAGGCUGGAGUACUUCAGGAAAAAGUUCCCAAAUGAGGAGCGUGUCAUUGAGCACAUCCGAAAAACUCGCACCAUCUUCAUCAUGUGCCACCUGCCCAUCUUCUGCUGGCUCACCGCCACAGUUCUUCAGGAUCAUUUGGACAAAGGGAACGAGGGAGCACUUCCCACAGAGAGAGAGCUUCCCACAACGCUGACAGACAUAUGCUCAGAGUAUGCUUUUAACCAGCUGGACAAGUCCAAGGAGCGACAGACGACCGAGUACGCCGAUUACGUGAAAGCGCUAGCAAAGCUGGCGUUUGACCACACCAUGAGUAAGCAACAGAUCUUCUACGAGAAAGACCUGGCGAAAAGCGGAUUUGAUUACAGCCAAGCCGCAAAACACUCCGGAAUAUUCACCGAGGUGUUUAAGGAGGUCCGUCCGCUCAGAAGAAACCAACAGGGCAAGAUGUUUCAGUUCGUCCAUCUGACCAUCCAGGAGUAUCUAGCCGCAUUCCACGUGAUGAUUUGCCUCUUUCACGACAAUAAGAACAUACUGGCUGAUUCAGAGCAGGCACCGGGACGUGUCUUCCAAGAAGAAGAAGAAAAAUCAGAAGUAUUAGAAGAAACAGAAUCAGAAGAAGAUACAGAAGAUGAAGGUGAUUGGAAAAUCACUGAGGUUCACCGGUCAGCUCUUCAGAAAGCCUCAGAGAGUGAAGGACACCUGGACAUGUUUGUCCGCUUCCUCCUUGGCCUUUCCUUGCCGUGCAACCAGGAAAUAGUGGGGGAACUGCUGAAGGCUCCUCAGGACUGCAGGCAAAGCAAGUCAAAGACAGUCAAGUUGAUCAAGGAGAGGAUAAAACGGAGCACCCCAGAGAAGAACAUCAACUUGUUCUACUGCUUAAACGAGCUGAAAGACAACUCUUUGCUGAUGCAGUUUCAGAAGAAAAAUACUUCAGACGAUAUUGACUUGGACAACAUGCCAAAUGACAUGUGGUCAGCCUUUGCCUUCUUCUUACUUGCAGACGACAAAACCAUGAAGAGCUUUUGCCUGAGGAUUUACAACCCAUCGCCUUUGGGGCUCCAGAAGCUGUUGGUGGUGGUCAAGGCGUCUGAAAAAUCAGAUCUAAGCUCUUGUUACCUGGACAAAGACAGCUGUCACCUGCUGGUUUCCGUUCUCAGCUCUCCAUCCAACCUGAGGCAUCUGGACCUGAGCAAGAACGAUCUCUCAGACGAGGGUGUUGAGAUCCUCUCGAAAGGACUGAUCAGCCCAAACUGCAUCUUAGAAUCCCUUUUUCUAAGAUUGUGUCGCCUGGAAAAACGCAGCUGUCACCUGAUGGCUUCUCUUCUCAGCUCUCCAUCCAACCUGAGGCAUCUGAAUCUGAGCUGGAACGCUCUGUCGGAUGAAGGGGUGGAGAUCCUCUCAAAAGGACUGGCCAGUCCACACUGCAAAUUAGAGUCCCUCACUCUAAGUCACUGUCUGCUGGACAAAAGCAGCUGUCACCUGAUGGCUUCCCUUCUCAGCUCUCCAUCCAACCUGAGGCAUCUGGACCUGGGCGGGAACAAUCUGUCGUACGAAGGGGUCGCGAUCCUCUCGAAAGGACUGGACAGUCCACACUGCAAAUUAGAGUCCCUCAAUCUGAAUGAAUGUCGCCUGGACAAAGGCAGCUGUCACCUGCUGGCUUCCGUUCUCAGCUCUCCAUCCAACCUGAAGCAUCUGGACCUGUCCCAGAAUGAUCUGUUGGACGAAGGGGUGGAGAUCCUCUCGAAAGGACUGGCCAGCCCAAACUGCAUCCUAGAAGAGCUCACUCUAUCUAGUUGUAACCUGGAAAAAGGCAGCUGUGACCCGCUGGCUUCCUUUCUCAGCUCUCCAUCCAACCUGAUGCUUCUGGACCUGAGCGGGAACAAUCUGUCAGAUGAAGGGGUGGAGAUCCUCUCGAGAGGACUGGCCAGUCCAAACUGCAUCUUAGAGUCCCUCAAGCUGAUAUAUUGCAAGAUCACGGAUAAAGGAUGUGUUUUUUUGGCCGAGCCGCUCAAGUUAAACACCUCCCAUCUUAAACAGCUGUACCUGUGGGGCAAUCCAAUAGGUGAAGAAGGAAAGAGGGUCUUAUCGGAUGUCGAAAAGGAUCCCAGCAAUCGCCUGAAGACUGUCGGGCGGGCUUGUGAAGAGCACCGGAGUAGGGUGGAAGUCUGGACACAAUUGAGAACCACAGACAAGAGCGUGUGGCUGCCCGAGCACAGACACUCAUCGGCCGGCAACCAUGGUGUGCGACGAGCCGCAGAUUUAGUUCAGUCCUACGUACCGUCUGACGACCUCAAGAGCACCGGGUGUCGGCGCUACGGGCAAAAGCGGCCUUGCUCACCUAACUUGAGGAGGUUCACCCACUGGCAUCGGGUGUUUUGCUGCUACUGGGAGGUGGAGUUCAAGGGAAAGGUCUACCAUGCUGCCACCAAACUGCCAGGAGUCCUAACUGCACUGCACGACACAUCCAUCAAGGCGAGCGUGCUGACCACUAAGCCAAAAGCCCAAGCUAGCAGCUUCAGCUGCCAGCGCACGCUCUUGAAGGAAUCAGGAGGGAGGUUACACGCGGGCACGAGUCCUGACCUGGACCAGGAAGACAGAUCACAUCGUUCGGCGCGGCUCCCUACAGACCACUUUUUCGAGCUUCCGAUGUUUUCCGAGUCUUCUGCGGCCGCGUGGUUCGCUAACGCGGAGGAGCAGUUCGUCCUCCGUGGUGUUUCCGACGACACCAUGCGCUUCUACCACGUGGUGGCCGCGCUCGGGUACUCUACGGCGGUUAGACCACAGCGCUUCGUGGUCUAUCCGCCGAAGGUGGGCAAGUACACGGGGCUCAAGGCGCACCUCCUCAGACUUUUUGAACCGUCGUACAAAUCGACUUCAAUGGCGCCCAAAAGGCCCGCCACGAAAGCCCGACUGCCCGAGACGUCCUCCCGUCCCAGUACCCACGCCACCGCCGCGCGCUUCCACUCUGGCUCUUCCCGACGCCGACGUUGCUGUCUCGCCUCCGGCCCCGCUCUCGCUCGCCUCGGCUCUCUGUCGACGCCGCUGCGCCCGUCCCUGGCUUUCCCGGCAGUGGCGCCAUUGCGCCCGCCUGCGGCCUACUCGACGACGCCUGCUCUUGGCCUUCCUCACGACGUCAUUCCUGUGCCUGCGUCUCUGGCCUCUGCUGACGUCGCUCCAGCACCUGCGCCUUUGGAAGUCUCCGAGGUCACCCCUCUCCCGGCGCCGCUGGACGCCGCUGUCUCUGACCUGGCCCCUGUGCCUCCGGGUGUCUCCGAGGUCAGUCCUCAGCCUACGCCGCUGGCCAUCGCCGCUAGCCCCGCUGCUGUUCCGGCGCCUCAGGAAGUCUCCGAGGUUGCACAUCGGCCAGCGCCAGCGAACGUCGUCCCCGACGUCUCUCCUCGUCCGCCGCCUUUGGACAACGAUGGCGUCGCUCCGGUUUCGGCGUUUCCCCCGCUCCUGCUACGACCGGUCGACUUGGUUCGUCUCGCCUGUCGCCCUUGUCCACGGCCGGGCGACUCUGACCGCCACGCCGGUCGCCCUCGUCUCCGGCCUCAUCCAGUCCAUUCCGACCGCCGCGCCCGUCACCCUCGUUUGCUGCCUCGACUGGGUGGUGCUGCUCGUCGCACGUCUCGACCUCUUCCUCGACCGCUGCUGAGCACCUCGUGCCGCCUCUCUCGGCGUCCGCUUCUCCAGCCUCGCCUGCGCGGUGCUGCACGGCGCGCUCCUCGUCACGGGCGUCCUCCAGACCGUUCUGCUCGAACGUCCCGCUUCUGGCGUCCUGGACGGCCGCCUGAUCGUCGCGUUCCGUUGCCCGCUGCCUGGCAUCCUGGGCGUCCUCCAGACUGUUCUGCUUGGGCGUCCCGCAUCUGGCAUCCUGGACGGCCUCCUGACUGUCCGAUCGGUCGUCUUCCACAGUCGCCCAGGCUGCGCAACCCUUCCGUUCCAAGCAUCAACCUCCACCACAAACUGUCGGAGGGGAUCAGGCAUGUUCAGUAUGGGUGCUGUGGUGAAAUGGGUCUUGAGGGUCUGGAAGGCGGUCUGUGUCUCAGGGGUCCACGAGAACCGCACCUGCGGAGAAGUGAGAGCAUGGAGGGGAGCCGCUAUUGCGCUGAAGCCUCGGAUAAACCGCCUGUAGAAGUUAGCAAAUCCCAGGAUUUGCUGGAGCUUCUUGGGGCUAUCGGGGGUUGGCCAGUUAACCACAGCGCUGAUUUUAGCCGGAUCCAUCUGAACCCUUCCAGGGGCUACGAUAAAGCCCAGGAAGGAGAUGGAAGGAUGGCUCUGGACAGCAAGCAGAAGGAGCUGCUGUUGAAAACGCUGCAGGAGCUUGGGGAGGAAGAGUUCAAGGAAUUCACGUACUACACUGAUCUUCCUAAAUGCGUACGUGAAAAGCCCGACCAUGUGUACAUUGCUGAAGAGCUGGUGAUGAAGCACGGCGAGAAUACUCUAGAGGAGACCAUCAAGAUCCUGGAAAAGAUGAGUAACAAGAACUUGGCCGAGAGGCUGCGUCACAACAUGCUGGAAAUAAAAGGCGCAGUCUUCUCUGCCCAUGAUGAUGAUCAGAUUGCCACAUUGAAGGCGGACCUGCAGGACAACCUGCGGAGUUUAUACAGCUUUGUUCCCGAGUGCAACACCGAGCCCUGGAAGCAGCAGCAGCCUCUGGCGGAGGUCUACACGGAGCUGGACAUCACCUACGGGGCCGACGUCACGCCCGACGAUCGGCACGAGGUCCUUCAGAUGGAAACGCGUGCUGCCGCCGCCGCCAAGGAGUCUAUCCUGUCCUGCGACAUCUUCAAAAGCCCUGACGGGAAGCUGCGACCGAUACGCACACUCCUCACUGUUGGCUUCGCGGGCAUCGGAAAAACCUUCCUAGUUCAAAAAUUUGUGUGCGACUGGGCCAGCGGGAAUACCAACCAGGACGUGCACUUCAUAUUUCCCUUCACAUUCCGUGAGUUGAACACGGACAAAGGGAAAAGUUUUACGCUUGCUGAGCUUAUCUGUCGCUACGUCUGCGGGAGCAGACACAUCAGCGAGGAGACUCUGAACAUUAUAUUCGAUGACCUGCAGAAGUCCGGGAAACAGGACUAUGAAAGGAGCAGGAUCAAGAUCUUGUUCAUCUUGGACGGACUGGACGAGUGCAACUUUAAAAUGGACUUGAAGAAUCAGAUGAAAGUAGACAUGGAUGUGAAAAAGCCCUACCCACUGGAGGUGCUCCUGGCGCACCUCAUCAAAAGGAACCUGCUUCCUUGCUCCCGGAUUUGGAUCACCACGCGGCCCGCGACGGCCCGAGAUAUCCCGUCCGACCUUAUUGACAGCAGAACAGAGGUGAGAGGAUUCAGCGAUUCCAGGAGGCUGGAGUACUUCAGGAAAAAGUUCCCAAAUGAGGAGCGUGUCAUUGAGCACAUCCGAAAAACUCGCACCAUCUUCAUCAUGUGCCACCUGCCCAUCUUCUGCUGGCUCACCGCUACAGUUCUUCAGGAUCAUUUGGACGAAUGGAAGGAUGGAGAGCUUCCCACAACGCUGACAGACAUGUGCUCAGAGUAUCUGUUUAAUCAGCUGAAAAGGUCAGAGGAGAGAGAGACGACAGAGUACAUCCAUUACGUGAAAGCGCUAGCAAAGCUGGCGUUUGACCACACCAUGAGUAAGCAACAGAUCUUUUACGAGGAGGACCUGGCGAAAAGCGGAUUUGAUUACAGCCGAGCCGCAAAACACUCCGGAAUAUUCACCGAGGUGUUUAAGGAGGUCCGUCCGCUCAGAAAAAACCAACAGGGCAAGAUGUUUCAGUUCGUCCAUCUGACCAUCCAGGAGUAUUUGGCCGCAUUUCAUGUGAGGAUAUGCCUCUUUCACGACAACAAGAACAUACUGGCUGAUUCAGAGCAGGCACUGGAGUGUGUCUUCCAAGAAGAAGAAGAAAAAUCAGAAGUUCACCGGUCAGCUCUCCAGAAAGCCUCGGAGAGUGAUGGAUACCUGGACAUGUUCCUCCGCUUCCUCCUUGGCCUUUCCUUGGCGUGCAACCAGAAACUAGUGGGGGAACUGCUGAAGGCUCCUCAGGACUGCAGGCAAAACAAGUCAAAGACAGUCAAGUUGAUCAAGGAGCGGAUAAAACGGAACACUCCAGAGAAGAACAUCAACUUGUUCUACUGCUUAAACGAGCUGAAGCACGACUCUUUGCUGAAGGAGUUUCAGAUAAAGAAAAAUCGCUCAUCCCUUAUUGACUGGGAGAAAAUGCCAAAUGACAUGUGGUCAGCCUUGGCCUUCUUUUUACUGACAGACGACGAAACCAUGAAGUCCUUUAAACUGCGGAAAUACGCCCCAUCGCCUUUGGGGCUCGAGAAGCUGGUGGUGGUGGUCAAGGCUUCUCAAAGAUCAGUUCUAAGAGAGUGUGGCCUGGACAAAGGCAGCUGUCACCUGCUGGCUUCCGUUCUCAGCUCUCCAUCCAACAUGAAGCAUCUGGACCUGUCCCAGAAUGAUCUGUCGGACGAAGGGGUGGAGAUCCUCUCGAAAGGACUGGCCAGCCCAAACUGCAUCUUAGAGUCCCUCGAUCUAGGCGCUUGUGACCUGGGCAAAGCCAGCUGUCACCCGCUGGCUUCCGUUCUCAGCUCUCCAUCCAACCUGAAGCAUCUGGACCUGUCCCAGAAUGAUCUGUCGAACGAAGGGGUGGAGAUCCUCUCAAAAGGACUGGCCAGCCCAAACUGCACCUUAGAAGAGCUCACUCUAUUCAAUUGUGACCUGGACAAAGGCAGCGGUCACCCGCUGGCUUCUGUUCUCAGCUCUCCAUCCAACCUGAAGAGUCUGAGUCUGAGCGGGAACAAUCUGUCGGACGAAGGGGUGGAGAUCCUCUCAAAAGGACUGGCCAGUCCACACUGCACCCUAGAAUCCCUCCGUCUAAGUGAUUGUGGCCUGGACAAAGAUAGCUGUCACCUGCUGGCUUCCGUUCUCAGCUCUCCAUCCAACCUGAAGCAUCUGGACCUGUCCGAGAACCAUCUGUCGUACGAAGGUGUGGAGAUCCUCUCGAAAGGACUGGCCAGCCCAAACUGCACCUUAGAAAAGCUCACUCUACAUGGUUGUGACCUGAAAAAAGGCAGCUGUCACCCGCUGGCUUCCGUUCUCAGCUCUCCAUCCAACCUGAAGCAUCUGAACCUGACAUGUAACAAUGUGUCGGACGAAGGGGUGAAGAUCCUCUCGAAAGGACUGGCCAGUCCACACUGCAUCUUAGAGUCCCUCGACCUGGAAUGGUGCCAUAUCACCAAUGAAGGAUGCGUUUUUUUGGCCGAGGCGCUCAAAUUAAACCCCUCCCAUCUUGAAGAGCUUGACCUGAGGAACAAUCCAUUAGGUGAAAAAGGAAAGAGGUUCUUAUCGAACGUCCAAGAGGAUCCAAGCUAUCGCCUGCAGACUGUCAGGUUCGAGUCGGAAUCCGACACUGAAAGCGAAUCAGAGGAGGAAGAAAGUCCCGAAGAACAUGAUUCUGAGGAGAUUUGA